GGUGAUCGCUCUCCGGCCGUCUCCAGCACCCUCGGCCCCCCCACGGCCGUUGGUCCUGGCGGGGGGAGGGAGAAAGUGAGAGUCGGUGUCAUCACCAUCCAUUGUCAGGAGGGGAAGAAAUUGGAAUCCAGCAGCGGCGAGCAGCAGCUGGGCGGUCACAUCUGGGAAUGCAAAGCCGACCUCCCCCCCCUCCUCCUCCGCCACCACCGCCUCCUCUCUCACCCGGGAUCACUUCCGAAACCACUUCGCCUUCAGCCCCUGCCUCGGCCAGAGGGAUUUAUUUAAUGGGGAUGUGUUCAAGGCAAGAGCGAAUUCAGAAGGAUAUCGACGUCGUGAUCCAGAAGUCCAGAGCCGAGAAGGACUGCCUGUUUGCAGAUUUCAGAUACUCAGACUCCACCUUUACUUUCACCUACGUUGGCGGCCCCAAAAGCGUAUCCUAUUCAGUACAUGUAUCUGAAGAUUACCCAGAUAAUACAUAUGUGUCAAGUUCAGAAAAUGAUGAAGAUGUAUUAGUUACUACAGAGCCAAUUCCAGUAAUUUUUCAUCGACUAGCAACAGAAUUAAGAAAGACAAAUGACAUUAACUGUUGCUUAUCCAUAAAAUCCAAAUUACAGAAGGAAAAUGGCGAGGAGUCAAGACAGAAUAGCACAGUGGAAGAAGAUUCUGAAGGAGAUAAUGAUUCGGAAGAAUUUUAUUAUGGAGGACAGGUGAACUAUGACGGGGAGCUGCACAAACACCCCCAGCUUGAAGCUGACUUGUCGGCAGUGAGAGAGAUAUAUGGGCCACAUGCAGUUUCUCUCAGGGAAUACGGAGCCAUUGAUGAUGUAGAUAUUGAUCUGCAUAUUGAUGUUAGCUUUCUUGAUGAGGAGAUUGCUGUGGCAUGGGAAGUAAUUCGAACAGAACCUAUAAUUGUCCGAUUACACUGUUCUCUUACACAGUAUUUGAAUGGCCCAGUGCCCACUGUUGAUGUCUUUCAGAUUUCCACAAAAGAGAGAUUUGGCCUGGGACAUCAGCUGAAAAAAAUCAUGCAGACAUUUGUUACACAGCAGUGGAAGCAGAGCAAAGAAAAAUCCAAUUGCCUGCACAAUAAGAAGCUGUCAGAGAAGAAAGUCAAGUCUCCCCUGCAUUUAUUUACAACCUUGCGCAGGUCGCCAAGUUAUCCUCCCCCUGGUUGUGGAAAAAGCAAAUCCAAACUGAAGUCGGAGCAGGACGGCAUCUCCAAGACACACAAGCUGCUGCGGAGGACUUGUUCCAGCACCGUCAAGACGGAGGACGUGUGCGCGCCGAAGCCACACAGGACCUUCGGUCGCUCGCUGUCCAGCGACCCCCGGGCUGAGCAGGCCGUGACCACCAUUAAGUCGCACAAACUCUUGAACCGCCCCUGCCCUGCCGCCGUCAAGCAGGAGGACUGCCUCGCUCUCAAGUCGCACAAGCUCUUGACCCGCUCUUGUUCUGGAGACCCGCGCUGUGAGCACAACGCCAGCCUGAAGCCUCACAAACUGUUGAGCAGGUCUUACUCCAGUAACCUCAGAAUGGAAGAAUUAUACGGACUCAAGAAUCACAAGUUGCUCAGCAAGUCUUACACCAGUGCCCCCAAGUCAUCCAAAACGGAGCUUUUCAAGGAACCCAACGCAGAGGGCAGGAGGCUCUCUCUUACCUCAGGGCUCAUUGGUAUCUUAACACCAUCGUCAUCUUCAUCUUCCCAGCCUGCUUCAAAUGGUGCCAAAUGCAUUCCAAUACGAGACCGUGGCUUCCUAGUGCAGACAAUUGAGUUUGCUGAACAGCGGAUCCCUGUGUUGAAUGAGUACUGUGUGGUCUGUGAUGAACCACAUGUGUUUCAGAAUGGCCCCAUGCUUAGGCCUACGGUGUGUGAACGAGAGCUGUGUGUAUUUGCUUUUCAAACCCUGGGAGUAAUGAAUGAAGCUGCUGAUGAAAUAGCAACUGGAGCUCAGGUGGUAGAUCUACUAGUAUCCAUGUGUAGGUCUGCAUUGGAAUCUCCUAGAAAAGUUGUCAUUUUCGAGCCAUAUCCUUCUGUGGUAGAUCCUAACGAUCCUCAGAUGCUGGCCUUCAACCCCAGGAAGAAGAACUAUGAUCGAGUAAUGAAAGCCUUGGAUAGCAUAACUUCUAUUAGAGAGAUGACACAAGCACCAUAUCUGGAAAUCAAGAAACAGAUGGAUAAACAAGACCCCCUUGCUCAUCCCUUACUGCAAUGGGUUAUUUCAAGUAAUAGGUCACAUAUUGUGAAACUGCCGGUUAACAGGCAACUGAAGUUCAUGCACACACCCCAUCAGUUCCUUCUUCUCAGCAGUCCACCAGCCAAAGAAUCCAAUUUUAGAGCUGCUAAAAAACUCUUCGGAAGCACCUUUGCAUUUCAUGGCUCACACAUUGAAAACUGGCACUCCAUCCUGAGGAAUGGUCUGGUUGUUGCUUCUAAUACACGACUGCAGCUCCACGGUGCAAUGUAUGGAAGUGGAAUCUAUCUUAGUCCAAUGUCAAGCAUAUCAUUUGGUUACUCAGGGAUGAACAAGAAGCAGAAGGUGUCAGCCAAGGAUGAGCCGGCUUCAAGCAGUAAAAACAGCAAUGCAUCACAGACAGUGAUCACCUCACCUGACCUGCACAAACAUGGGGAGAUAUGGGUCGUCCCGAAUACUGAUCAUGUCUGCACACGAUUCUUUUUUGUCUAUGAAGAUGGCCAAGUGGGAGACGCAAAUAUUAACACCCAAGAAGGAGGCAUUCACAAAGAGAUCCUACGAGUAAUUGGUAAUCAAACUGCUACUGGUUAAAGGACCACCAUUUAAUUAACAUGAUUUGAAAGCCUUCCUCGGGUUCAAAGCUGGAUUUUGAACUGAAGAAGAUGAUAAAAUAAUUUAUUGUUAUUAUAAACAAAAUGAACCCUUUGAAUACUGAUUUUUUUCUUAGUAUUUCUAAGUAUAUCAUUAAAUACCUAAAAUGGUAUAUAAUUUACCAAUUGUAGGGUUAUGGAAUCUAGUAAUAAAAUUACAACAGCACUUAAACUGAAGUUUGGGUUCCUCACACAAUAAACAGAUUGAAAAAACAGUUCUGUGCUGAUAUUUUUAUAUUAAACUCUCUAAUUGGAAAUUUAAUAUUAUAUACCGACAUCUUAGGGUACCAAAAGAGAAUUGAAAGCAUUUUAUAAUGGCGUCUAAAUCUAUAAGAGACUUUGCAAUAAGUAUAAUGUUUGCACAUUCUGAUGUGCUAUAUAAUUAGCAGUAUGAAAGUUCGAAUGUUUUGGGGAGGGAUGUUUCCUAAUCUGUUAUUUUUCCUUAUAUAAAAACAAUUAGGUCUUUAGAUGCAGCGCUUUGCCUAAAAGUAUGUAAUAUACAUAUCUAUAGAUUCAUGCAUAAAAUGUCUGAUUGUGCAUAUAUGUGUGUAUGUACACAUAUAUGUAUUUUAACAACAAAGAUGGCAUAGCUCUACAGUUCUGUUCUCAUUCAAUGGAAAGAAAAUAAUAUUCAGUAAGAAAAUGAUGUUCUCUCUGGACAUAAACCAAGAUAUGAGCCAAAUUCAUCACCAUUCAUUCACUGAAAAUAUUUGCAAACAAAUUUUCUAUUUGUUUAAAGAAUUUUCCCUUCAGUUGAACUCUUUAUAAUGUUAUAAUGUUGUAAUCUGGGGUAUGUAGACACCCCUGGUGGACUAAAUCUGUAUUCGAAUGAUCAUAUGUUUAAAAGAAAGACCUUGAAUUUAAACAAACAGUAUAUAUAUAUUUUUAUUUCCUACAAUGGAAUAUUUUUUACAUUUAUUUAUACCACACCAGCCUUUUUGUAUUUUUUCAUUUAAGACCUGUGCUUAGUUUGUUUUUCAUAUUGAGAAAGAAGACAAACUUUGAAAUUUCUUUUAUAUUAAAAGAAUAUGAAUACUUUUACAGAGAACAGUAACACCAGCUCUCAGCAUUCUCUUUUCAAGUCAUGUGCUCAUCAAAAUCAUUUCUGUUUCUUUGGAUUCUAAGUUCUUAUUCAUUACAAGUUUUAAUUGACAGUGUUUAUUUUCCUGCAUGAUGUUUUUGGAAUAAGGCCAUUCAUGAGAGCAGUUUAAUUAGCAAGUCUGCCACUCUAUUCAAACCCUGAAUCAAGGCUCAUAUCUGACUAUCUAAAAAGAAAAAAAUUUUAAAUGUACACUCAUUUGUAAGUGUAAUAUUAUAAAUUCUGUGCUUAUUUCCUUUGGUAUAAAAGGUGAGAACAAAGGUCAUCCACAUUGUUAAGGGUUGCCAUCUAGGAAGCAUUUCUUAAUCAUUUGUUUUCUUAUAUUGUAAAUAAUUGAUGUGCCACUUAUUUCUGCAAAAAUAGACUUGAAGUGGUUGGGAUAUUCAUCAUUGUGAUAGGAUCCACUUAAAAUAUUGAUCUGUUUUGACUUGUGCCUCUGAACUCAAGGCCAGACUGAAGGAUAAUAUUGGUAUGGCAGGGCACAGAUAAAGUAUCUUAUUCAGUCUUCUGUGAUCGGAUAUUUGAAGACUUUACAUGGGACCAGAGGACUACUUGCUUCUUUCUGCCGUGACUCCCAUAGUCUCCCAAGUCCCUUUAUGGUGUUUUAAAAAGUAACAGAAGUAACAAAAUUACUUUUUUCAAAAUAAUUUUGUGAGACAUUCAUAUAUAUGACAUAAAUAUAAGGCUGUAAUAGCAGGAUUUGGAAAUUGAAAUCCUGAAACUGCAUAUGUUUGGCCACUGGGACCACUGAGGCACCUCCAAAAACUCUCUGUAGUACCUCCAAGCAUAAUUUAAAACCCACCAAUCCCGUAAGGGUUUAUUUAACUGUUGAGUGAUCAGUAAGGAGUAGUAGUAGUGUUAGAAGCUCAACUGGAAAGGGAGCUUGGAGGACUCAAGAGAGACUAUUUAAAGAAGAUAAAACUUCAUAAUACAAACUUCUGCUACCAACUUAAGCAUGAAAAUAGAUUCAGCUAACAGAGCAAGGGAAGUAAUUGAUAGCUUUAAUGCCCACUAAAUUAUUACAGAUAAUAGACAUCUUUUAUGAUGAUGUCUUCUAAUGAUAAUCAGUUGAAUGCUUUUGCAAGGCAGACUGACAGAUUUUAAUUUUUUUUUGAAAAAUUGCCAGAGCCUUUUUAAGCCAGUAUUCUAAAAUCCAGUCUUUUAAUUGGACUUUUGAUGUUGGGAAUACUAUAGUAUACUAAUGCUUAUCUUUAUUUCUACAGAAUCCAAUUUUAAUACCCAUUAGUAGAUGAAUAUCGUGCUUUCAAAAUCGAAGCAGGUCCUUUAAAUUUAGAAGUUUCAGCAUUAUUAUCAUGCCUUGAUUCAGUCACUUCUUUUAAGAUAUUAUCUUUUGACUUAUUUGAUGAUUCCAAACAUGUGAUAUUGUGUUGUUCUUCUAUAAUCAUUUGAAGUCUGUUCACUGAUGCUUUGUAAUAGUUACAUUAUUGAUAUAGCCAUUACUGCUUAAUAUUAACUCACCGAGCAAAAGCAAUCAUUUAUUUUCAUUCUUAAAGUAGGGGAAGAAGAGCCUUAAUUUAUUAGUUCUACUUUUUUUCCUGCAUUACUGAUUUGUAAACAUUUCACCAUGAAUAAUUUGUCCUCUGUCAUUGUCCACUGUAUUUAAGAAAAGAGAAAAAAAGAUCAAACAUUAGAGAAGAGAAAAACAGUAAUAAUAUACUUAUAGCCUAGUGCUAUAAAAUACAUUAUGGUGAGGUAUUUUGAUGCCUUAAAUUGUAUUCUGUUACAAUUAUUUUUAUUUUGUUGCUCAACAAAUUUCAGUCAAAUAUUGGAUUUGAAGGUGGUUUUUCAAUUUAAAAUUGAAAUGUAAGAGUGUCACCUCCUUAAAUUCAUUCUCAAAUACUAUGUGAUACAAGAAACUUAGGCAAGCUAUUUUAAUGCUAUAAUAUUUCUCAUUGAAAAAUUUAAGAGUUUAGAAAAUAAAUCUCUCAAUUAUUCUCCCCUUAGCUAAAAGAAAGGAAACUUUUAAUAUGUAAGUCUGUGAAUUUUUAUUAUCACUGAAAGAAUUUUAGCAGUACUUUAUACUGUAAUACCUUAAUUUGCCUUAGGGCAUGGGGUUUUAGAAAUUUCUAAGGAAGACUUCAUCAUCCUUGUUAAAGUUUGAAUAACUUCAUCAGAUAGUGAUUUAGUAUGUAAUGAAGGGACAUUCAACCUUGGACUGUCUGCCAUCUAAAUAUAUGGAUUUCAUGGUGGCACUUGAAGCACAUUUUAAGAAUAUUAUGAUAUUCUAUUGUCCUGCUGAAUUCUUCAUUAUAAUACUACCUCAAGACGAAUGAUAGAAUGUCUGUUAAAAUAAAUUGGGUUUCCAGUAUGAGGAUCAAAUAAAAUUUUACAAAUAGACGUGAUCAAAUAAUUAAACAGUCAAGACCAUGCUGGAUCUUUGUUGUCAAUUACCUCUUGACAGUAGGGUAAUAUGGAUAUUUCAGUCACCAGUGAUGAAUAACAUAGUUAUCACCCGAAGAGUUAUGUGAAGGGGUUUCAAUCUGCAAAAUUUAAAGAUAAUUAGUUCCCUUUAAGACUGGUUUUCUACAUGGUCAAUUUUAUGUCCAUUCACCUGAAGCUGCAAAAAAUUGCCCACUCUUAACAGUUAAAGGAUUAAAAUACCCAACUGCUAUACCAGAAUGGCAGACUGAAUAUUCAAGUAUUCUAGCAUUGAAUGCCUACUAAAUUUUUGUCAGAUUAUAAAUUUGAUGUAUAUUACUACCCAGUAAAUUUUUCUUGGGAAUUUUGUAUACACUCUGAUAUAUUAGGAUAAGUUUUUGUAGUUCAAAGGAAUUUCAAAUAGUUUUUAGACAAAACAUAUCCAUGAGUGUGAAAAAGCUGUGUUGAAGAAUAGAUUGCAUUACACAUUUACCAGCAAGUCAGUAAAAAAUAGUGCUUAUUUACAUAGUCAGCAUAAUUUAAUGUCCUGAAAAUAAUUUCUUCAAUUGCCCAAUAUUUAAUGUAUCAUUUGAGAUUUUAAAAAAUACAGCCACUCCUUUAUGUAAACAUUAAGACAUGUCUAUGUUUCUUUAACUCUACAGCCUUCUUUACAAUAAAUUUAUUGACUUUUGUGCACAAAAUAGUAUUGCAACCUGCUAUUUAGCCUUUGGUGCCUUAGAGUUACUAUAAAUAUUUAACAAUAUGUACAUAAUGUAAAUACUGCCAAAAGAUCACUAAGGCCAAAUAUUUUCUCUAUUCACUUUUUACUGCACUUGCUUUCUAUUGCUACUUAAGCCUCUUUUAUCCAGCUUUGUAAUAGUUCUAACAUUGUAGCCAAUGUAAAUGUUUACUUUCAAUAAAUCUGAAUUUGUUCAACAA